AGAAGAAAGGUUCACAGGCACAGGUUGAGGAAGAGGUUAAUUAGUAAUUAAUUACAUAUUUAUUUUAUAGGCCAGGCCUAUACUAAGUUAGACGAACUAAACUAAAAUUAAUUGUUGCACCGUAAGAAACCAAUUUCAUUACCUUCCUAGCCAACCAUAAAAGGAAAUUAAUGCUGCUCGUUAGGAAUCAUGAGCUUCGCAAAUCUUGUAAAAAACUAUGAAGCCAAAGGAAAAAUUAAGUUGAAUCCUGGACAGUGUACGGGCAAAGUUGAAGUAAAAGAUGAACGACUGUCAGCAUCCAAAUAUGCCCCACCUGUGGGAAAAGGUGCUGAAUAUGUUUGCUCAUUAAAGACCAAGGAGAAAGAGUAUAUGGAGAUGAAGAACGCCUCGAAAAACCAAGGCAUUAGAAGAGUGGAUGUGACAAACGGAGAGACUAAUGAGAGAGAAACAGCAAACGAACUGACCUCCGUUGGGACUGCGCUCAGUGUACGAGACCUGGACAGAGAAGAACUUACUCAAGUCUACAGCAGAUAUCAGUUUGAUCCUGUGGAGCCCAAUGAACAGCUGGAAAACAUCCACAGUAAAAAAGAAGAGAUAAUGAGUAUAAUAAAUUGUAAUACAGUCUGCAUCAUCAAAGGACAUACUGGAUGUGGGAAAAGUACACAGAUUCCUCAGUUUAUUCUUGACUCACAUGUAAAGCAGCAGAAAUAUUGCAACAUAGUAGUGACUCAGCCUCGCCGUAUGGCUGCCAUCAGCAUUGCACGACGAGUGUGUGAAGAGAGAGGCUGGGAUGUUGGAGGCAUUGUCGGCUAUCAGGUUGGCCUGGACAAAAAGGCUGAUGUGGACACACGUCUUCUAUACUGCACAACAGGUGUUCUCCUGGAGAAAUUGAUCGCUAAGAAGAAUCUUAAUGAUUACACACAUAUCAUCCUUGAUGAAGUACAUGAGAGGGAAGAAGACAUGGAUAUCCUCAUGCUUGUUGUGAAACGCUUUUUGAUGACUGCAUCUCAAGAUGUUAAAGUGGUCCUCAUGUCUGCUACAAUUGACGUUGGAAAAUUUGCUAACUACUUCAAGUGCUAUGCUCUUGAUAGGACAUUUCCAGCACCUUUCUAUACUAUUGAAGCGGAAAGGAAAUUCACAAUUCAAGUAAACUACCUAGAUUCAAUAGAAAACAUCAUUGGAAAUCUUGCAAACAUCAAGUUUGAUGAACCAACAAUUAGUGAGGAGGCAUACAAGUUUGUUCCAUUGUUGAUCAGAGGUUUUAACAAUAUUGACAUGGAAGAUUAUAAAUCCAGGAGAAGCAAUGAAAAGAAGGGAGCCGUGUUAAUUUUCUUGCCUGGUCUUCAUCAAAUUGAAACUUUGUAUGAAAUUCUCAGCAAAGAAGAUCAAAUGCAAAGGAAAAUCGACCCAGAGAACGCAUUAAACUUAAUGCUAUGUCCCCUCCAUUCAUCGAUCACAAAAGAUGAACAGGAGAAAGUGGUUCAAUAUGCUCCUGAAGAUACAAGAAAAGUAAUUCUCUCCACCAAUAUAGCAGAGAGCAGUUUGACAAUUCCAGAUGUCAAAUAUGUGAUUGACUUUUGUUUAACAAAGCACCUGGUAGCUGAUCCAACCACUGGACUGACCAGCUUGCAGAUGUCAUGGGCUUCUCAUGUCAACUGCAAGCAACGGGAAGGCAGGGUGGGUCGUGUACAGGAUGGCAGGGUGUACCGGAUGGUACCAAAAAACUUUUACCAAUUCAAGUUGCCUGUAACGCCCAAACCUGAGAUAUGCCGCUGUCCCCUCGAGCUUGUUGUUCUCAAGUGUAAACGUCUGAUGGAGGAUGAGUGUCCCCUGAAGAUCAUCAGCGAUGCCAUAGAUCCUCCCGACCUCGAUAGCUAUGAGAAAACUAUUCUUAAACUAAAAGAGAUUGGAGCUCUACUGUUAACUACUAGAGGAGUGGAGGAUCUUGAAGAUGGAGAUUUGACUUUCUUGGGCCAUGUGAUGGGAAGCCUGCCUGUUGACAUAAGGAUCACUAAACUCAUCUUGUUGGGACACCUAUUUGAUGUAUUGGAAGAAGCUAUCAUCAUGGGGUGUGCUAUGUCAGUGAGAAACAUCUUUAGUGAACCAUUCCAAAAGAGAUUGCAUGCAUACAACAAUAAACUGCUGUGGGCUGACGUAUCUGAGAGUGACUCUAUAGCCUAUCUCAACGCAUAUCAGGUAUGGCGUAAAAAUACUGCAAUGGGGAAGUUUCAAAGGUCUAAAGGAACUGAAGCAGGAUGGUGCAAAACAUACAUGCUUCAGAUCAAACAGCUGAAGGAGGUGUCUCUCCUGGAGGAAGAGAUUAAAAAGAGGCUAAAAAACUUCAACAUUAAAACUGAACGUUUCAAGAACAAGCCUCUGUGGAACAAAGAAGAAAAACCAUUGAUACUAAAGUUGGUGUUGGCCGGUGCAUUCUAUCCAAACUUCUACACGUGCAAUAUUCAGAAUCUAAAUGCUGAGAUGGAUGCUGUCAGGGUCCUCAAUAGUCACAACCCAUAUCAGUGUGUCUAUCUACAGAACAUGGUGCAGCCAGCUAUCUUGUACAUUGACCAGAUCAAAGAGAUCUUCCGGGAAAACCAGAUCUCUGACAACAUCAUGGUUGAUUAUGACACUUCGCAGAAGUUGAUUGUAGAGUUCAAUCAGACGUCAAUGAGCACCCAGGAUAUUGGGGAACGUGAGCUCCAUGCUGAUAUCCCAGGGGAGAUUGUAAUGCCAGUUUAUCGAGCCAUCAAGCUGAGGCAGCUCAACGUACCUCUAGCUAUUCGUACUUUCUCGUCCUCUGAAGCCAAGGAGAGAUUGCUUGCGCUUGAAUCAUCAAGAAGAUCAAAACUUUCCUCUAGAUUGCAAUCAUCAGAAUACAAGCCCUUAAUACCGUGGGACCAACAGAUAGUUGAAAUGACUGUUUCUCAUGUGGAGAAUGCUGGCAGUUUCUAUGGACAUAUCUGCCCUGAAACCCAGGAGAAGCUGAAAGAUGUAUUUAUGCUGUUGAACAAUUCCGACUUGCUGUGUGCCUGUGACGAGGUUGAUGACAACGUCAUAUACGCGGCUCCCUUCAGAGACGAAGGAGAAACUGAACCCAAAUACUACCGAGCAAAGAUCAUUAGAAAGCAUUCCCAGCAUUUUAAUCACAGACCCAUGGUAGAUGUAUUUUUUAUUGACUAUGGAAACUCCAUCAAGGCGAUGCCAGAAAGUGAUCUAAGAGGGAUUGUGUGUGUGGACGCUCAAAGAGAAUUAUUAGACUCAAUUCCACCUCUGGCAGUCAAAUGUGUCUUAGCUGAGGUUGCCCCCAAUGCACUUCACACCGCCAAAGGAGGUUUCUGGAGUGACGAAGCCAACUCCUUUGUCAAAGGAAUACUGAGCUCUGGGAGAAAUUCUUGGACCACCAAAAUCUACUCCUUUGUGAAUGGAGUUGCGUCUGUAUAUUUGUUUUUGGAGGAGGUGGGAGGAAACGGCAAAUCUCUUCUUACCUUGAACAACCUUCUUAUUGAUAAAGGUUUUGCCACACCUAAAGAGGAGUCAUACCUAUCAAAGAGGAAUCAUGUUAAGAGGGAAGAGAUUGCCCGAGGAGUGAGUACUCUAAACAGCAUUGAAGACAAAAAUGUCUUUAAGACGAAGGAUCAAGAUUUGCUGACACUCCCAAUUGCAGAAGGAAAGUCGGCUAUUUAUUACGUGAAGGGACCAUACUCUCCACUAGAGAUGAAGUUGUACAGCAAGACCAAGAGCUCCUGUCAGAAAGAAGUGCGAGUAGAAUGGAACUCAGUCAACUCUGUCUUGCUUGAAACUGACCCUAAUCAACCAUAUGAGAAGCUGUUGGUGGCUGGACAUGUCGGUCAGUCAGCAGACAAAUCAAGGCUCACUCUCAACCACACAACAGUUCUUCCCAACAUCAAGGGUUUGGCAGCUCUCAUAUGUCUCAUCUUCGCACCUACCAUAGAAUUAAGGACCGACAAAUUUAGAUCAAGAUACAUUGGAGCGCUUUGUGGCUUAGGAAGUGACGCCGUGACUGGGCGACCUUUCUUCCAAGAAAAUGAUAUGGAGAUCAAGUUUGAUGUUGAAAUAAAGGAUGAAGAUCUUCUUUUGGUAAACAAGUUGAGGUAUUGGCUGAAUCAGGCGUUUUCUUCCAAAGAUGAUGAACACAUGAUGGAUGACCAGAUAAUUCAAAUGCAGCAAAAUAUCAGAAGUUUGCUUCUGAAAUUGAUCUCAACUUAUCGUCAACCGAUCAAAGUCGAACACUUCCAAAAUGCUCAUAGAUGGAGAUUUGUAAAUCAAGAGGAUCUGGUCCCUCCCUUCAAAGAAGACGAGCAUUUGUUCCUCAACAAAAUCUACCAACUGAUCAGCGCUAUAGACCUUGAUUCCAGUCGAGAUAAGAAGUACAUAGAGGAACUAGUUAAGAAAGUAAAGAAUCUCAUGAACUGCGCGCAAAAGAAUCUUGCACCCAAGGAGUUGGUGUGUCACUUGUGCGAUGUAGACUACCCGUAUUGGAAACAGUUGCAUGACCACACCUUUUCUGGGCAUCAUCAACAGCUCGUUAAGUGGCUCCGUGGCCGUGCCAUUGAACACGGCCUACAACUUGAUGUCCAACCUCCAUCAGAACUGAGGCCUGUCAAUAGUCCCUCUAUGGAACUCAGGCUCUCUAACUAAAAGCUUCUAGACAACAUCUCCAUUCUGGCUGUGUUAUUGGAUUAUUUGUAAAGGACUGUGCAUUUCACCCUCAACGUGUCCUCUUUAAAUAUUGUCUAAAUGUGAAUAAUCUUAUUGUUCAUUCCUUUUCAAGGCAAAUAUCUUGUGGUCUGAUAUUAAAAUUGUAUUACUAAUAUCAAAAUCCUACGACAGUUAACCUUUGCUUUACAGAUGUAAUUGAUGCGCUAACAACACAUAUUGUAGUAAAAUUACUUGCAGAAAUUUGAAACUGACUGUUUAACUGUGAUGUAAGGGAAAUAUUUCUUAGCUCCUUUUUAUACUAAGAAGGAACCAUUUACGAGUUUUGUUCUUUUACCCAAAAAUUAACAAGAGUUUUUCAAUGAUUGUGCUUAAGAACUUCCAAACAACUUUGUAAAGACAUAUGCACAUGACAUUUGUACUCUUUGUUACACAGUAAGAAUUUUUGUGUUCCAGUGCUAUACUGUAUUAUGAUUUGAUAAGUUACAGUUUUGAUUUAUUUUGUAAUUAUAACUCUGGUUAAUGUUUAGUGUUACUGAGGCUAUACACCUGAAAUAAUCAAGACAAGAGAUGUAACAUGUAGAUGAUGUAUUUUCUUGUAACUAUUCACUUAGCUCUGUUGUAUGUAUAAGACAUAAAUGUUAUAAAAUAGGAAAACUAUUUUGAUAAAAGUAAACUCGUUAGAUGUAUGAAAAAACCCUUAGUAUAAUAUACAUUUUAUCUUUGGUACAAGAAUUAUUUUACUAGAGUUAAGCUUAAACAUUCAUUUUUUGGAUGAUUUUAUUUCUUUAAAUAAAGAUGUUUUGUUA